AAUUGCGCCACUGGAUACACUUCUGAUGGUCGUCAUCCAAAAACACUGGUUGAAGACAUGGUGCCAUUAUUAGAUAGUUCUUUUGUUAGUUCAUAUACUAAAGUAAGAGUUCUCAUGCUUUACAUGAUGUAUAAGAAUGGUAUAUUAGAGGAAGAUAGGCGUAAGCUUUUGGCUCACGCGAGGAUUUCCUUACCAGAAAAUGAUGCCAUCAAUAAUUUAACAUUGUUUGGUGUUAAAUUGAUUAGGUCAUCAUCGAGCACUUUUAAAAAAACUAAAAAAUAUAGACAAAAACCUGAAGAUCCAGACUGUUAUGAGAUUUCUCGAUAUGUUCCAAGAUUAAAGUUAGUUUUAGAGGGUGGUUCAGUUAAAAUAAACAUGAGUCAUAUUAAUAAAACAAUAGAUCAUACCGCAUAUCCAUAUACAAGGGAUCCAACAGGUGAUCCUGAUGAAGUUAAGGUUUUACCACAGGGUCCUGUUUCUCUAAGAAGUGCUCGAGCUGGAUGGAGUAAGAAAGGUUCAACGACUGCAGGAAAUCCUCGUAUCAUAGUGUUUGUAGCUGGUGGUGUUACAUACUCUGAACUUCGUUCUGCCUAUGAGCUAUCAAACAAAUAUAGUCGAGAUGUUGUCAUCGGUUCAUCACAUAUUACGACACCUCAACAAUUCAUCGAUGAUUUAAAGCGUCUUCGCAGGCAUCCUAAUCAAUCUUACUCAUCACCUCAGUCAGUGCACACACCACCUUCUCGGGCAGGAAACCAAAAUUAUGGUGGAAUAAGUCCAUCAUCCUUUUUUAACAGAGCACCAUCAUCUUCGACUUCUGCAUCUUCUGCAUCCUCUGGCGGUUAUCAUCCACCACAACAAG